AUGUUGAACAAAAAGAACAAUCAGAUUCUCAAGAAAAAGAACAUUCUCAAGAACAAGAACAUCAACUUGAUAAGAUUGCUACGAUUCAAUAUCAUCUUUAACUUGAUUCACUUUUCAAUCUCUCAAUCAACUUCAACUUUAAUCGAAAUUAACAAUUUACCAUUUCUCAAUACCACUUCAAUCUCAACUUCAAUCUUAUAUCAUUUACCUCCACCAAGAACAACAACAACAGAAAAAGAAACAUCAGAUUUGAUUUAUAUCACUUUAAAUCUUUGUUCACCACCACUUUCUAAAUUAAAUCAAGUUCAAAUCGAAUAUGAUAAGAUCUUAAUCAUAUCAAAUUCGACUGUCAAUCAAUCUCCUAAUCCAAAUCAUUUACCAACUCAUCACAAACUAGGUUCAACUGCUUCUUCUUACCUUGGCUUUGCUAAUCUGACCAUCAUCAAUUCGGUCGGAUUAUGGAUUUAUCUAAGGUCUCCUACACCUGAUGAUCCUCAAGCUUGGUCAAUUCAAUUAGCUAUAGAUCAUCAACCGAUCCAUCAAGUCAACUCCUUUCCUGCAUUCAAAGUCGAAGAUACAGAUCAAACUAAUGCUCUCUUGACAGGAUCAGAUUCAAGUUUAUAUCAACCAAUAACAGACACAUCUCCAUUGCAAAUCAAAGAUUUUUUCCCAUUCAUCAUCAAAACUCCUUCAAGUUUUCCACUCGGAUUAUCUUCUUCUUUAUGUGCUAUACAAUUAUUGAAUUCUUCUAGUACAACUGAAUUGGUUAAAGUCAAUCAAAUUCAAACUUCUUUAACAAAUCGAAACUUAGGUAUCGAUUUACCUUCGUCUCAAAAUACUGGAAUUAAAUUAGAUAGGGAUUUUAGAGUCUCGGAUCUGGUCGUUGGUCAACGUACUCAGUAUUGGUUACAAGGUCUUAGUGCUGCCACUAAUUAUACUGCUUGGCUCUUUCAACCUGGUUUGGUGAUUAAUAAUCUUCAAACUGGUAAACUUUGGCCUUAUGUGAAUUUUAAAACUAAAAUCGCUAAUAAUUGUAGACUAUUACGUGAUCUUUCAUUUUGUCCAGAACUAGCAUACUCAGUCCCAUCACCACCAUCAAUCUCAACACCCGACCUAAUCACCUUCUAUCAAUCACAACUGAUCCCCCACCUCCAAAACUUCUCAACCGUCUUAAACACCUAUCCCUGUAACAAUGAUUCUUCUGGCAGGUAUUCGUUUAUCACCGGUUGUGGUGAUUGUUUAAAAGCUUACACGAAUUGGGUUUGUGGGAUGAUCUUACCUAGGUGUACUGAUUCACCUUUCUUGAUGAACUCUUCUUUUCAAGAUCUUCAAGACCCUUGGAUACCUCAAUUAGUUUUAAACCGAGCCGAUCUUUCUAAAUCUAGAACUCCUACCUUACUAAACCUUACCAACUCUCCUUCAUUCUCGUAUGGUGAAAUCCCUCCUUGUAUUGAAACAUGUGAUUAUGUAGCUGCUACUUGUCCUCCGUUCUUCGGUUGGAAAUGUCCUUCAAGACAGUCUAUUAGUUCGGCUUAUGGGUAUACCAAGUAUUUGAAUUCGAUUGAUUUACAGGGUGGGGAUGAGAAUGGGAAUCGGAUGGGUGGCUUUAGGUCUACUGAUCGGUUCGGGAACGUGUUUUGUAAUGCAUUAGGAUCUGAUUUGAAUUUUGAUAGGAUGGGAAGUGCUUCGGAUUUAAGGUUUCAGUGGUUGGGUUUGGUUGGAUUGAUUGGGUUUCAUGUUGGAGUUCAAGUCUUAUUGAAUCUUUUUUGAAUGAAUGAAUGAAUCAAUGAAUGAAGUUUUGAUUUAAAUAUAUCAAUCAAUAGAUAGAUUUUUUUUAUAUAGAAUUGUUGUAAAUAUGCACACUUUCUUCUUUCUUUUUCUCUUUUUUGAUUAUUUUAUCAUUUGUUUUGAUCAGCUUUUUUUUGCAAGUUUUUUUUUCAUAUGCUUUUAUAUUCAAGUUCCUUCUAAAAAUCAUAUCUUAUUCAUCAAUCAUACUUUUUUUGAAUUUCUUGUUGAUUUUUCUUUUGGUUCUUAAGGUUAUAAAUAUAUGUAAAUAUAUACAUAGGAGAUUCAUUAAUCAAUCAAAUUAUAGUUGGCUUUUUA